CAUCAGUCUUGGAAUACGGAAGAGGAACCAAAAUACACUUAUUUUGUUUCACGUGGAGAACACUCAGUUUUGAGGCACUCGCACGCCCGAGCACACAGCCAUGUGGCCAUCACAACUGCUCCUCUUCAUGAUGCUCAUAGCACCGAUCAUUCAAGGUGGCAAGCACAGUGAGCGACAUCCAGCCCUCGCCGCCCCGCUGCGACAUGCUGAGCGCAGCCCAGGAGGCGCUCUGCCACCCAGACAUCUCCUUCAGCAACCAGCAGCGGAGCGUGCCACUCCUCAUCGUGGACAAGGGCCCCGUGGAGCUACCAGAGGAGUUCGCGGUCCAGGUGCCCAAGGAGCCCAGAGUGCAGCCCAAGCUUUCAGUCGUGCCCCAAUUCCGAUGGCUGUGGUCCGCAGAGAACUCUCCUGUGAGAGCUACCCCAUUGAGCUCCGCUGUCCAGGAACAGAUGUUAUCAUGAUAGAAAGUGCCAACUAUGGGAGGACUGACGACAAAAUCUGUGACUCUGACCCUGCUCAGAUGGAGAAUAUACGAUGCUAUCUGCCAGAUGCCUAUAAGAUUAUGUCUCAAAGGUGCAAUAACAGAACACAGUGUGCUGUGGUGGCAGGUCCUGAUGUUUUUCCAGACCCAUGUCCAGGAACCUAUAAAUACCUUGAAGUGCAGUAUGAAUGUGUCCCUUACAAAGUGGAACAAAAAGUUUUUCUUUGUCCUGGACUACUAAAAGGAGUAUACCAGAGUGAACAUUUGUUUGAAUCUGACCACCAGUCUGGGGCAUGGUGCAAAGACCCUCUACAGGCUUCUGACAAGAUUUAUUAUAUGCCCUGGACUCCCUACAGAACUGAUACCCUGACUGAGUACUCAUCCAAGGAUGACUUCAUUGCUGGAAGGCCAACUACAACCUACAAGCUCCCUCACAGGGUGGAUGGCACAGGAUUUGUUGUGUAUGAUGGAGCUUUGUUUUUCAACAAAGAACGCACCAGGAACAUAGUAAAGUUUGAUUUGCGGACUAGGAUAAAGAGUGGAGAGGCUAUCAUAGCAAAUGCCAAUUACCAUGAUACCUCCCCUUACCGAUGGGGAGGCAAAUCUGACAUAGACCUGGCAGUGGAUGAAAAUGGGCUCUGGGUAAUCUAUGCAACAGAACAAAACAAUGGUAAAAUUGUCAUUAGUCAACUGAACCCUUAUACCCUACGGAUUGAAGGGACAUGGGAUACUGCAUAUGAUAAAAGAUCAGCUUCCAACGCAUUUAUGAUUUGCGGGAUUCUGUAUGUGGUCAAAUCUGUAUAUGAGGAUGAUGACAAUGAGGCCACAGGGAAUAAGAUUGACUACAUUUACAACACUGACCAAAGUAAGGAUAGUUUGGUGGAUGUACCCUUUCCCAAUUCAUACCAGUACAUAGCAGCUGUGGAUUACAACCCUCGGGACAACCUUCUUUAUGUGUGGAAUAACUAUCACGUCGUGAAGUACUCUUUGGAUUUUGGACCUCUGGAUAGUAGAUCAGGGCAGGCACAUCAUGGACAGGUGUCAUACAUGUCUCCACCAAUUCACCUUGACUCUGAACUAGAAAGACCCUCUGUUAGAGAAAUCUCUACCACAGGACCUCUGGGCAUGGGAAGUACCACCACCAGUACCACCCUGCGGACCACAACUUGGAGCCCAGGUAGGAGUACCACCCCAUCAGUGUUGGGAAGAAGAAACCGUAGUACCAGCACCCCAUCUCCAGCUGUGGAGGUGCUUGACGACAUGACCACACAUCUGCCAUCAGCAGCGUCCCAAAUCCCAGCCCUGGAAGAAAGCUGUGAAGCUGUGGAAGCCCGAGAAAUCAUGUGGUUUAAGACCCGUCAAGGACAGAUGGCAAAACAGCCAUGCCCUGCAGGAACUAUAGGAGUGUCAACCUAUCUAUGCCUGGCUCCUGAUGGAAUCUGGGAUCCCCAAGGACCGGAUCUUAGCAACUGCUCUUCUCCUUGGGUCAACCAUAUAACACAAAAGUUGAAAUCUGGAGAGACAGCUGCCAACAUAGCUAGAGAGCUGGCUGAACAAACAAGAAAUCAUUUGAAUGCUGGAGACAUCACCUACUCAGUCCGAGCCAUGGACCAGCUGGUAGGGCUCCUGGAUGUGCAGCUCCGGAACUUGACCCCGGGCGGAAAAGACAGUGCUGCGCGGAGUUUGAACAAGCUUCAGAAAAGAGAGCGCUCUUGCAGAGCCUAUGUCCAGGCAAUGGUCGAGACAGUUAACAACCUCCUCCAGCCACAAGCCUCGAAUGCAUGGAGAGACCUGACUACAAGUGAUCAGCUACGUGCAGCCACCAUGUUGCUCGAUACUGUGGAGGAAAGCGCUUUUGUGCUGGCUGAUAACCUUUUGAAGACUGACAUUGUCAGGGAGAACACAGACAAUAUUCAAUUGGAAGUUGCAAGACUGAGCACGGAAGGAAACUUAGAAGACCUAAAAUUUCCAGAAAACAUGGGUCAUGGAAGCACUAUCCAGCUUUCUGCAAAUACUUUAAAGCAAAAUGGUCGAAAUGGAGAAAUCAGAGUGGCUUUUGUCCUGUAUAACAACUUGGGUCCUUAUUUGUCCACGGAGAAUGCCAGCAUGAAGUUGGGAACAGAGGCUAUGUCCACCAAUCAUUCUGUUAUUGUCAAUUCCCCUGUUAUUACAGCAGCAAUAAACAAAGAGUUCAGCAAUAAAGUUUAUUUAGCUGAUCCUGUGGUGUUCACUGUUAAACAUAUUAAGCAGUCCGAGGAGAAUUUCAACCCUAACUGCUCAUUUUGGAGCUAUUCCAAGCGCACAAUGACGGGUUACUGGUCAACACAAGGCUGUCGGCUCCUAACAACAAAUAAGACACAUACUACGUGCUCUUGUAACCACUUAACCAAUUUUGCAGUACUGAUGGCACAUGUAGAAGUUAAGCACAGUGAUGCGGUCCAUGACCUUCUUCUGGAUGUGAUCACGUGGGUUGGAAUUUUGCUGUCCCUUGUUUGUCUCCUGAUUUGCAUCUUCACAUUUUGCUUUUUCCGUGGGCUCCAGAGUGACCGUAACACCAUCCACAAGAACCUCUGCAUCAGUCUUUUUGUGGCUGAACUGCUCUUCCUGAUUGGGAUCAACCGAACGGACCAACCAAUUGCCUGUGCAGUUUUUGCUGCCCUACUACAUUUCUUCUUUUUGGCGGCUUUCACCUGGAUGUUUCUGGAGGGGGUGCAGCUCUACAUCAUGCUGGUGGAGGUUUUUGAGAGUGAGCAUUCACGCAGAAAAUAUUUUUACCUGGUUGGCUAUGGGAUGCCUGCGCUCAUAGUCGCCGUGUCUGCGGCGGUAGACUAUAGGAGUUAUGGAACAGAUAAAGUAUGUUGGCUCCGACUUGACACCUACUUCAUUUGGAGCUUUAUAGGACCAGCGACCUUGAUAAUUAUGCUUAAUGUAAUCUUCCUUGGGAUUGCUUUAUAUAAAAUGUUUCAUCAUACUGCCAUUCUGAAACCUGAAUCGGGCUGCCUUGAUAAUAUCAAUGCCUCCCUUGGUUCCAUUUAUUGGAAUCUUUACUAUGAGGAUAACAGACCCUUCAUCAAGUCAUGGGUUAUAGGUGCAAUAGCUCUUCUCUGCCUGUUAGGAUUGACCUGGGCCUUCGGACUCAUGUAUAUUAAUGAAAGCACAGUCAUCAUGGCGUAUCUCUUCACCAUUUUCAAUUCUCUACAGGGAAUGUUUAUAUUCAUUUUCCAUUGUGUCCUACAAAAGAAGGUACGAAAAGAGUAUGGGAAAUGCCUGCGGACACAUUGUUGUAGUGGCAAAAGUACAGAGAGUUCCAUUGGCUCAGGGAAAACAUCUGGUUCUCGAACUCCUGGACGCUACUCCACAGGCUCACAGAGCCGAAUUCGUAGAAUGUGGAAUGACACGGUCCGAAAACAGUCAGAGUCUUCCUUCAUUACUGGAGAUAUAAACAGUUCAGCGUCACUCAACAGAGGAGCCAUGGCUAAUCAUCUUAUAAGCAAUGCCCUGCUUCGUCCGCAUGGUACUAACAAUCCCUAUAACACAUUGCUUGGGGAACCGGCGGUCUGUAACAACCCUCCUGUCAGCAUGUACAACGCACAAGAGGGGCUUCUGAACAAUGCCAGGGAUACAAGUGUCAUGGAUACUCUACCACUGAAUGGUAACCAUGGCAACAGUUACAGCAUUGCCAGUGGCGAAUACCUGAGCAACUGUGUGCAAAUCAUAGACCGUGGCUAUAACCACAAUGAGACCGCCCUAGAGAAAAAGAUUCUGAAGGAACUCACUUCCAACUAUAUCCCGUCUUACCUGAACAACCACGAGCGCUCCAGUGAGCAGAACAGGAAUCUGAUGAACAAGCUGGUGAAUAACCUUGGCAGUGGGAGUGAAGAUGAUGCCAUUGUCCUGGAUGACGUCACCUCCUUUAACCAUGAGGAGAGUCUGGGCCUGGAACUCAUUCAUGAGGAAUCUGAUGCUCCUUUGCUUCCCCCAAGAGUCUACUCCACAGAGAACCACCAGCCCCACCAUUACACCAGAAGGCGGCUCCCCCAAGACCACAGUGAGAGUUUUUUCCCUUUGCUAACCAACGAGCACACAGAAGAUCUCCAGUCACCCCAUAGGGACUCUCUGUACACCAGCAUGCCAGCACUGGCUGGUGUGCCUGCCACAGAGAGCGUUACCACCAGCACCCAGACCGAACCUCCACCGGCCAAAUGUGGUGAUGCUGAAGAUGUUUACUACAAAAGCAUGCCAAACCUAGGCUCCAGAAACCACGUCCAUCAGCUGCACACCUACUAUCAGCUAGGUCGCGGUAGCAGUGAUGGAUUUAUAGUUCCUCCAAACAAAGAUGGGACCCCUCCAGAGGGAAGUUCAAAAGGACCAGCUCAUUUGGUCACUAGUCUAUAGAAGAUGACACAGAAAUUUAAACCAACAAAACUGCUAACACCUGGUUGACUGUUUUGAGUUGAUAUAAGCAGUGGUAAUAAUGUGUGUACUCCUAAAUCUUUAUGCUGUUCUUGAAAGACAAACACAAACUUUCAGACUUUUUUUUUUUAACUGGGAUUUUUAGGUCAGCCCAGGGGAGAGAGAUAACUGCUGAAAUUCCCCUGUGCCCUCUCCUUUCCUGUCUUUCCCCCCUCAGGUGGAGACUUCAUUAUGUUAAUGAACGAGAUAUGAAGAAAAUGGCACUCAUUGUGGCCUUGUUGAAUUAUGUUGUGUUUGUUCUAACAUCUCUGAUGCUCUGUUACUAUAAUUACAAGGACCUGAUUUUUAAAAGGCCAGAAUGGUUGUUUGAAAUUAGUAACAGUGCUGCGUCUAGAUUGGAGUGCUGCACAAACAAACAUAAAAACAAAGCAAAACUGUAUCACAUAGUGGUUUUUAGUCACUCACAGCCUGAAUUCACCGCAGCAGGAAUAGCUGUGGAAUACAAAAUAAAACAACAAAUUAAUAAUGAAAUGGAGGGGAAUUCUAGAAUUAUAUGCUAAAUGCAUAUUUUAUGAUUUGCUGUAUUAACUGAUGAUAAAACUAAUGGCAGAAAAAAUUGAACAAUUUCUAUGUAAUGUACAGAUACUAGCAUUGCACAUAUAGUCAGCUUUCUGUUCCUCCAGAAUUUGAGUCCUGUUAAUGUAGUGGAAAAAAAAAGAUAUUUUUUCUUUUU